UACCUCCUGUGUCCUCCUGAGCCAACAGCCGCCCGGCCACAGGCGGCAGUAGGUGAGCAGCACUACGGCUUGUCCCCUCAAAACAAGAAGAAGAAGCAGUCAGGCAUACAUGCAUACAUAUAAUAUAGCUACCUAUAUAAAGAUACUGUACAUUUACCACCUUUAUACUGAGGCGUCAUGCCUCGUUAUGCGCAGAUAGUGAUGGGCCCGGCGGGCAGCGGGAAGAGUACCUACUGCUCCACCAUGGUCCAGCAUUCAGAGUCCCUGAACCGCUCAGUGCAGGUGGUCAACCUGGACCCAGCUGCUGAGCACUUUGACUACCCUGUGAUGGCAGACAUCCGUGAGCUCAUCCAGGUAGAUGAUGUGAUGGAGGACCAUUCUCUCAGAUUUGGCCCUAACGGAGGCCUGGUCUUCUGCAUGGAGUACUUUGCCAACAACUUUGACUGGCUGGAGGAAAGUUUGGGUCACGUAGAGGAUGACUACAUACUGUUCGACUGCCCAGGUCAGAUUGAACUUUACACACAUCUCCCUGUAAUGAGGCAGCUGGUGGAGCAGCUCCAACAGUGGGAGUUUCGGGUGUGUGGGGUCUUUCUGGUAGACUCCCAGUUCAUGGUAGAGUCUUUCAAGUUCAUCUCAGGGGUCAUGGCUGCCCUGAGUGCCAUGGUGUCACUAGAGAUACCUCAAGUAAACAUCAUGACAAAAAUGGACCUGCUUAAUCCUAAAGCCAAGAAGGAAAUUGAAAAGUACUUGGAUCCAGACAUGUACUCAAUGAUGGAAGAUAACUCGGAUACAAUCAGCAGCGCAAAAUUCAAGAAAUUGACUAAAGCCAUCUGUGGUCUGAUCGAUGACUACAGUAUGGUGAGAUUCCUGCCUUUUGACCGCACAGAUGAGGAGGGUAUUAACAUAGUACUUCAACACAUUGACUUCUCUAUACAGUAUGGAGAGGAUCUGGAGUUCAAGGAGCCAAAGGAUGUUGAGGAAGAGCCCGCUAAUCUAAAUUAUGAUGAGAUAUUUCAAGGCAGCUGAGGAGUCGAGGAAAGAUGAGACUUUGAGGCUGAGGAAGAUUCACUAUAUCAAGCCCAGGCGGAGAAUGACACGUGACUGCAAGGACACUAAGAAAGGGACACGCAGGGAAAAAGACUGAUGUCUCUUCAGAAGUGUUUCCUUUUGUCUGCCACUUCAUUACUUCAGGACAAUGUUGAAGUUUAAAGUGUUAUUAUUUACAUUUAUUAAUGCUAUAUUUUUAAAUAAAGUGUGACCGUUAUUCUUUUA